AACUGGCCUCACUUUCUUCAGUUCUGCCUUCCUCGGGCAGCGCCGAGCAGCGGAGUGCACGCAGAGAAUGAGAGGCUUCCUCGGGCUUCGCUCCCACCGGAGGCAGCCGCCGCCGCUUCCCCUCUUCCCCACCGCCAAGCGCCCCUCGCAGCCGGCGGCGAGCCUCCUACUCGCCCCUCUCAGCCGUCUCCUCCCGGCCAGCCGCCUCCUCCGCUUGCUCCUCCUCCUCGCGGUCCUCUCCCUCGCCCCGCCGGCCUUCUUCCACCUGCGCCUCCGCCGCUUCUACCGCAUGCGCGAGAGAAAGUGCGGGUGGAUUGCGAGCCCACCGAUGGUGUGCGCGCACGGCGGCGAGUCGACCAACGCCUUCCCCAACUCGAUGGACGCAUUCCACAUGGCUCUGGACUCCCGUGUCGACUGUGUGGAGAUAGACAUCUCGAGGUCCUUUGACGGCGUGCUCUUAGCGCUGCACGACAGGGAUCUGCAAAGAAUGUCUGGUAAUUCCACAGCAAAAGUUGGCUACUGGAGCAAGGAUGAGAUAAAAGCAUUAAGUACAAGGUUUCAGCUCUCAAAAAGAGUCCAAAACGAGGAAAUUCCUAAAGCAGAAGAUGCUUUGGCGAUGAUAUCACAAUUGGUAAGGCAGGUGAUUCUGGAUGUGAAAGUUGGCCCCCCUUCAUUUGAGAAAGAUUUAGCUGAAGAUGUAUUGUCCCUUAUCAGUAGAACAAACUGCAAAAAUUGUCUUGUCUGGGCAAAAAGUGACAACCUAGGAAGAGAUAUAAUCAAAUUGUCGAAAGAUGUUGCGGUUGGCUAUAUUGUUAUGGUGGAUAAGUCCACGGGUAGAAGAACAGAGCUUGUGAGGAUUGAAGGGGCUAAAGUUGCUGGUGUAUAUCAUCCUUUGAUCGAUGAGAAAGUCAUGAAGGACAUUCACAGCUUCUUGGCUUUGAAAACAGACAUGAUAGAAGAGUCUUUGCAUGGACUGUUGACGAUAGCAACUCCAUGAAGAAGAUGCUGUAUGAGCAUGUUGAUGCCAUUGUGACCAGUAACCCUUCCCUCCUGCAGCAGCUAAUGCAGGAGACAAGAACUGAAUGCAUGGAAGAUGGUUUUGCCUUACCAUAGGAAUUGCAAAUUCUCCAGCUGAACUUAGCCAUCACUGCUCCUCCAUGGUGAAUUGGUGAUGGCUUAUGGCUUCCAUGACAAGGGAACAAAAGGGUUCUGUUUCUCAAUUGAGAGGACUAAUUACUCAGUUGAUUUCUAUGGAUUAUUUAUAAAUUAGACGAGCUAUAAUUAUUUUUUGCUUUAUUUCAUUUUACACUUAGUUUAGAUCAUAGAAACAGAUUGCAGCAAAGUAUAAUUCACUUGCCAUGAAAUAUUGUUUUGUUAUUUUUUACAGCUCGCUCACACUAGACCGUAGAAACAGAAUGUUCACUCACUGGAUCAUGCUUUAUCCAUUGGUAUACAAGAAUGUUUUUGAACUUUCUAUAUA